AUGUCGGAGCCCGAGGAGGAGCACCAAGGAGAGCAGAGAGACAGCACGCGGAGGAAGAAGAAGAAGAGGAAAGAGAAACGGAGCGCGAGGAAGAAGAAGGAGAAGCGGGAGGAUGAGGAGCAGCAACAGGUGGAGGAGGAAGAGGAGCAGAGUGAGUGUGUUGUGCUGCGUGGGAUUUUCAAACUGGGGAAGAAGAGUCACGAUGUCCUGCUCACCAGAACCAGACUGACGUGGACCCCCAUCACCCCGGAGAACCCCACAGGUGAGGCGUGUGUGCUGCAGCCAGGUGUGAUGCUGCUGCGCGACGUGUUUGCGGUGAAGGUGAAGCGGCGGCGAGCGGCGGGCCAGCAGUCAGGGGGACCGGUGCUUGGCGUGGCUCUGUUCUGCUGCAGGAGGAGAGGGCGACGGCUGGAGGAGGAGACGCUGCACCUCCACAACGCCUCCGCAGAACACACACACACCUGGUACAACACCUUGAAGGAGCUGCUCGCAGAGUCGAGCAGGCGUCCCAGGUAUCUAAAGGUGUUCAUCAACCCCAGCAGCCACAAGAAGGAGGCCGUCCACAUCUACAGAGAUCAUGUAGCUCCGCUUUUCAAGAUGGCCGACGUCCGCACUGACAUCACCGAUGUGACGGAGAGGAAGGGUCAUGCUCUCUCGGUGAUGAAGGAAUGCUGCAAGCUGGAUGAAUAUGACGGGGUGGUGUGUGUCGGCGGGGACGGUUCAGUGGCGGAGCUGUGUCACGCGCUGGUCCUCAGAGCUCAGCUGGAUGCCAAUUCGCCAAAGAAACCAGUAAAACCAGUGCUGCCACUUGGAAUCAUUCCUGCAGGUUCUACAGACGUGGUUUCCUGUUCUGUUCAUGGAGUCAGAGAUCCAGUCACUGCCGCGCUGCACAUCGUCCUGGGUCACCUGCAGCAGGUGGACAUGUGCAGCUUCUCGUCUCUCGGUCAGUUGGUGUGUUUCGGUUUCUCCGCCAUGUUCGGCUUUGGCGGGCGGAGUUUGGCGCGGGCGGAGAAGAAGAGGUGGAUGCCAUCAGCGCGGCGACGAGAGUACGCUCUGGUGAAGACGUUGGCUCGACUGAGACCAGAAGACUGCCAGCUGUCUUUUCUACCUGAGAAGAGGUCACACAGAGACCAGGACGAGGACCCGGAGUCAGAGGGGGAGGAGUCCUGGACGACAACUGAGGGCCUGUAUCUGAGCAUCAGCGUCAUGUCCAUCCCCUGUCUGAGUCCACACACUCCACAAGGACUGGCUCCCAACACCAGUCUGUCAAACGGCAGCGCGGCGUUGAUCGCAGUGGGAAACACUUCCAGGUCCGAGUUCAUCAAACACCUGAAGAGAUACAGCAGCUCUAGUGGACAGUUCAGCUUCUCAUUCGUGGAGACGCACGCCGUGUCAGCGGUGAGGAUCCGCCCUCGCUCUCUGACUGGCCUGUCGGAGGAGGAAAGCGAGGAUGAGGGCGAGUCCAAAACUUCGCCCAUCAUCCAGUCGGAGGGAGCCGCCUUCCCCUGGAACAUCGAUGGAGAGCUGGUGGAGAUCGCUAACGAAGUGCUCGUCAGGGUCCACCCGAGGCUCAUCACUCUAUAUGGCGAGGAUGUGGACGAGGCCCAGUCGACCGUCUCCUGCAGCUGUAUCUGAGUCCAGCAGAGGGCGUUGCUAAGCGUGCAAGACAUGUCACCAUGGUGACCACAGAGACUCAACACUGCCCUCUCUAGGAGUGUGUUUGAAAAGACCCACUCAGAGUGCACACUCACAGAUUUGACUAUUCGUAAAAUUCAGGGUGCUGUUGGACCGCACUGCUCAGUUAUUCAGAAGGACACUCUUGGAGCAGAGGAGCGCACUCUGUGUGGGAGACGGAGCAGCAGAGCGCCAAAAACCUCCCCACUAUAAAAUAGCAACAGAUUUUUGCAGCUUCCUUUUUAUGUUAAAGCUGCAUUAAUUGAUUUUGAUUGAUUCUUGCAGGUUUAAUAACCUCAAGUCAAUUUGUGAGCUACCUUUGACUCCAAACUACCUGUGCUUCAUGAUGUAAAGAUAAAGCACUUCUCAAACUGAUUGAUGAGGUUAAAAAUGUUUUUUUUUCUAAUUCAACUAAAUGUUUACAUUUUACUAUUUUAAU